AUGGCGACACCAUCUCACUGGCCGGGCGGCAUUCCUCGUGAAAUCAAACGUCACGCAACCGACGUGUCUCGUGAUGAGAUUGAAGAACAGGUGAAAGGGUGGCUACUUUUUGUCCGAGAAAGCUGGCUUCCACGACCAAGCGACCUUGAUGGAGACAAAGAACACGAAUUGCGCCGACGCCGUGCCUUGUCAUAUCACAAUCGUGCUAUAAGCGAGGGAAAUCAGUUUCCUUCUUAUCCUCGCGAGGCAUUAGAGCGGGUUUAUGCAUUCCUGCCUUGUGAGCCGAACCAUGCCAUCUGUGUGGCACCUGUUGAAGAUCCUUUAAACAAGGCCCGAUGGGUUAAGCUCGCGAUUCUCUUUUAUCGUUACGAUUACGAAGCAGGACAUUGCCUGCCUAUCAUGAACCCUAUCCCUAAUGUGGCUGUUCCCAACCCUGCCACUCUUAACACCCACUCUGUGCAGGAUUUCCUUCCCUGGUAUUAUCUUGAGAGUGCUUGUUUUGGCGAUAUCUACCUCACUAAGAUGGGGAGUGUUCUGUAUGAGGAAAAUACGAGGCAUUUCAUGAUAGUAGAUGAGGAAGGGUUAAAAACAGCCCGUUUGACGCUGGUUGAAUUUGCUUUGAACGGAGAUAUCAGGCUCUCAACUCUGAUCCGUCCUUUUAAUAUGUUUUCUCUUUCCUUGGACCUUUUCGUGAAUGGAACGAUUGGUGUGCUAGAAGCAAAAGAGCGUUCAGGCGGCCGUGCCCAUCAGAACACACCAUUGGACAUGGAUCUACCAAUUCUUGAUCUUCUGGAAUCAGUAGGUGGUAUGGCUCCUCCAGGUGUGGACUAUCGCAAGCAGUGGGAAGAGGAUGUCGAAUUAUAUGCACCCGGCUAUCUGGCGCUCGAGGCUGUUGGACAGGGGGGAGAAUAUGAUCUCAGGAAUCUUACCGCUCCGAUUGAGAUCCCAGAUGGUCCAAAGGCAGUGUAUCAAAAGAUUUUGGAAUCCGGGUCUCAUUAA